AUGUCAAUGGCAAAAAAAGAUUUAGCAAAAGAUAAUGAAAAACGUUCAUGUGAAUUAGCUGCUGAUUUUACUCAUUUACAAUUACAACCAAUACAUAAAAUCAUGACAUUAAAAUUUGCACUUAAUCAAGCAUUUGAAAAUCUAUUAUCCGGUGCAGCCUAUUUAUCGGAAUUUAUAGGACAAUUAUGUCGUGUUACAAAAGCAACUGAAAUUGGAAUUCUAAUUCUAUUAUCAUUAUUAUUAACUUUUAUUGGAUAUAUUUAUCAUUUUGAAAAAAUAACUUAUCAUUAG